GCGCCAAGAGACUCUUCCGAAUUCCCUUUUGUUUCUUUUUCUAAUGAACCCCACUUUCUUCCCAAUUCAUAUCCUAACAAACCAAUCAAGUUCACUCAUUUCUGUCAUUGUUCUUACUUGAUAUUUUUUUUUUAUCUUUCUAAUCUCUAUUCCGGACCACCCUCUCCGGCGGCGCAGCUCUUUUGCAGUGCGAAUCACCGGCAGCCACCGUCAUAAAAUUUCUAGCAACUAAUCGGAGAUGAGUUCCGCGGGAAAUCCCAACUGGGUUUUUGAUUACAGCUUGAUAGAAGACCUUCCGAACCUUGAACCAGCUGGCUUCACUUGGCCUUCUCCCUCUUUUACAACUCCCACUGAUCUCAGUGUGGACUUUGAUGACUCAUUUGCCAACGAUGAGGGGCUCAAGGAAACUGGCUCCCGAAAGCGGGUGAGACCUGGAUCAAGCAGUACCACCGGUUCAAAGGCAUGUAAAGAGAAAAUGAGGAGGGAUAAGCUCAAUGACAGGUUCCUUGAACUGGGUUCUAUUUUGGAUCCUGGAAGGCCUCCCAAAAUGGACAAGGGUGUUAUAUUGGGUGAUGCUGUUCGAAUGGUUAAUCAAUUACGAAUGGAAUCCCAGAAGCUAAAGCAGUCAAAUGAGAGUUUGCAGGACAAGAUAAAUGAACUUAAGGCUGAGAAGAACGAACUUCGGGAUGAGAAACAGAGGCUAAAGGCAGAGAAAGAUAUCCUCGAUAAACAAGUGAAGGCCAUGACUGCACAACCAAGUUUCAUGCAUCCUCCUGCAAUGCCGCCUCCAUUUGCCAGCCCCGGCCAAGUUGUUGGUGGCAAACUGGUGCCUUUCGUUGGUUACCCUGGACUUUCCAUGUGGCAAUUCAUGCCGCCAGCUGCAGUCGAUACCUCACAAGAUCAUGUACUUCGUCCUCCAGUUGCAUAAGUUGGUCUUAGGCAGGCCUUGUUUUUCAGGUCUGCAUCUGUGCAGUAAGGAGCCGUUUCUUUUUUCUACUUAUAAAUGUUGUUCCUUGGUAGUGCUGAUGUUCAUCUCUGUGAAAGUGGGAUACCUCAAUUGUUUGCUGGGAUAAUUUCAAAGGUUUUGUUAACCAUUUUGGUAAACUUGGUUUGCCAAUUUUGAUUAAUCUAUAACAAAUGUUGCUGAGCAUUAAUGUAGAGAUAUGUUUGGAGGCAUUGGUUAGAAAUGUAAUGUAAUGAUCCAACUUAUUCUUGUUACCGCUAUUUCCAUUGACAUAUAUGAACUAUUUUCUUAUUAA